AUGGAAAGUAUGGAAUGUACGGCAUCAUCUGCAGCGCCAGUUACUGCAAAGUCACCCUUUGCACACCUUUACAAACAAAAAGGGUUAGAUUGGAAAAGCGAGUUCAGGAAGGGAGUUAAUCGGCGUCUGCGAAACUCGCGUAAUAAUUUGGUAGAUCGGUUCCGUAAAAUGAACGUGCAGGAGAAGAAGGACUUUCUUGACUCUGUUGUUCGAGAAGAUCUCUUAGAAGGCUGGGACAAACGAAUGACUCCUGAAGAAUUAGACAGAGCUAUUGCAGAAUAUGAGGAAUUUAGAGAGGAAUUUUUACAACAGGAGUUUGACGACGUUCUAAUGGCUGAAGAAGAGUGCCUUCUGGAAGAGAUAUCGUGCCAUUUUGAUUCAAAUAGGGUUUUGUGCCCGUGUUGUAAGAAGUCUCUUCUUUCGUUCCCAGAUAAAAGGUCAUUUUCUUGCUGGAUGUGUUCAUAUUUAAUUAAACUACCUUACGACUUACCUUCACCACCUCAUCUUUUGAAGACUUUUGAAGACAUAUUUUCUGCUCACUCAGAGUGGGUUUUAUCGGAAUGUAAAUGUAAGGGCAUUUUGAAAGGGCUUCACGAUUAA